AUACCUCAGCUAUAUGAAUCUGUCAGGUCCCUUCCCAUCCUGGAUAUCUGGUCGCACCAAUCUCAGAAAAUUAGAGGCUGCUCACAACAGAAUCGUUGGCAGCAUACCAGAGUCGAUUGGCAGCACCAUCCACCUCGAAGUCUUCUCCGUGUGGAAGAACAACCUGUCAGGCAGCAUUCCCGAGUCCAUAGGCAGCCUCACCAGGCUCAGCAGCCUGGACUUGUCAGACAACCAGCUGGAGGGAACCAUCCCCGAGGGCAUUGGCAACAUGAAGGAUAUUCGGAAAUUGGAUCUCUCCAACAACCACUUGACCGGCACCCUCCCCACCAGCCUCUCGCGCCUCUCUGGCUUGUUUCAGCUGUUCCUCAGCCACAACAACCUGAGUGGCUCAUUUCCUCUGUGGAUUACAGAGAUGUCCAGCAUUGGAUGGCUAUACCUCAGUGACAACAAUUUCUCAGGCCCGGUACCUGCUGCUCUCGGCGGCUCCGAAGGCCUCAUCUUUCU